CCGGUUUCAGUGCCCAUGGCACUCGGGCCAUGGUUCAGUCCAAACACAGUGCUGCCUGCUUGCCUCCAGUGCACAGUGCAUGCUGCACAAGAGUGAUGGCAGCGGCGGCAACAAUAGCAGGGCAUGGUGGAUUCACUGCGAUAUGCAAAUCCAAUGCCCUAGUUUGAACUGGGGGUGAUGCCUCGUCCUCCAGAGGAACCACCCAACAUAUGCCCUGAGUAAUGGUACGUUCCCUGGAGCGCGCACAGUGAUCUAACUGCUGUCAUUCCUGCUUGUCCGCACACGCAUAGAGGCACUGAGCGUGACCAAAAGGGUGUAUGUGCAUGUGCGUGGCGCUGCAGCCUGCCUGCCUCCAGUGCACAGUGCAUACUGUGCAAGAGUGAUGGCAGCGACGACAACAAUAGGAGCGCAUGGUGGAUUCGCUGCAAUAUGCAGAUCGAAUGCCCUAUGCCAAGAUUGUGCUAAUCUUGGCCACUGCUGCAGCAGCAGAGAUUCUGCCACGUGGAUGCCCGCAUAUUGCAGCAAAUUCGUGUUGUCAUCGCGGAACCGAGCAGGAAGAAAUAAGAUUAAUCGGCCAGGGGGCUCAGAUUUGGAACCAUGGAGCCUGCAGCGGCACCCUCUCUCACCAUUGAUCUCAUGGAGAUCGAUGACGGCUGCAAUCAGCUGCGGGGAAAAGGAUGACCUAAAGAUGGUGACAGGGAUAUUAGGGACCAGCACUAAGAGGAGAAGAAGGGUAAGGAGGGGAGAAGGGACAUCCUCGAGCAUGUCAAAUUUGCAAGAACGUCCGUCCAGGUUGUGUGCUCGGGCCUCUCUUUCUCCUCUUCACAGGGAGCAGGAAGUGAGCGCUGAUGUGGCAACCAGUCCAACGACGGCCAGGUUGGCAUCAAACUCUCCUCAAGUGGCGUUAUUAGAUGGCGAGAAGCCGCGUGUCGUUGAGAGUGAUUUCCCCUCUCCUCCAUCUCCGUCUCCUUUUUCCGAUGAGAUAGCACGUGCGGUCGAGACUCUGGCUCCGCAGUUCCUGAGUGUGGAUCAGUUAGUUGCUGCUAAUCUGAAUAAGGUACUGAAUGCCUUUCAAUCUGUCCGAUUGGGUCCACAUCACUUUUCUGGCUCCACGGGGUAUGGACACGCGGAUGCUGGAGGUCGAGAAGCUCUUGAUUAUGCAUUCGCACGAGUAAUGGGAGCAGAGAUGGCGUGUGUCCGCUCACAGUUCUUCUCCGGUACUCAUGCCAUCUCCUGCGCUCUGUAUGGUGUGCUCAGGCCAGGGGAUGAACUCUUGGCAGCUGCCGGCCCUCCCUAUGACACUUUGGAAGAAGUGAUAGGCUUACGUGGUACCCCUGGACAUGGUUCCUUGAAAGAACUCGGGGUUUCAUAUCGCGAGGUUGACCUCACAUCAGAGGGUAGAAUCGACUGGACAGCACUUGAGAGCGCUGUUGGAUCGAAGACCAAGUGUGUGCUUGUCCAGAGAUCCUGCGGGUACUCUUGGCGUCCCUCUCUCACCAUUCCAGAGAUUGGGCGCAUUGUUCAAAUAGUCAAGCGCAGAAAUCGCAAUUGCAUCGUUCUAGUGGACAACUGCUAUGGAGAAUUUGUCUCCACCAGUGAGCCUGCUGAAGUUGGAGCCGACCUUGUUGCUGGAAGCCUGAUUAAGAAUCCAGGGGGAACUAUAGUUGCCAGUGGAGGGUACAUAGCUGGUGGAAAGGAGAUGGUCUCAGCUGCACUGGCCCGACUAAGUGCUCCAGGAAUAGGUAUGGAUGCAGGUGCUGCAUCUGGUACAACCAUGAGGUUGAUGCUUCAAGGACUGUUCUUGGCACCUCAGAUGGUUGGGGAAGCCAUCAAGAGCAGUCUGCUGAUCGCUGAGGUGAUGUCAGCAAGGGGCUAUGAGGUGCAACCCCCACCGCGAGUCCAGCGGAACGAUAUAAUCCAGGCUGUCAAGCUAGGGUCAAGGGAGCGGCUUUUGUCGUUCUGUGCAGCCGUGCAGACUCGUUGUCCAGUUGGAUCUUACAUCAAGCCUGUUGCAGGGCGGACGCCUGGCUACGAAGACGAGGUUGUUUUUGCCGAUGGGACAUUCAUCGAUGGAAGCACGAGCGAGCUCUCUUGUGAUGGGCCCCUUCGCCCUCCCUACAUUGCCUUUUGCCAGGGGGCCACCCAUUGGUCGCACUGGGCAUUAGUCCUUGCACCGACUCUGGAAGCUCUAGACCAAUCAAACCGGUCUGGACAACUGGGAUGACAGCGGGAUGGCUCAGCCUUGGCAUUAGUCCUUCCAUCAACUCUGAGGAAGCAAUGGAGCGGUCGAACCUGGCAUUAGUCCCUGUACCUGCUCUGGAACCAUUUAGAGUAUACAACCAGAUGGCUGUCUGAGCGUACAACCGGAUGGUGGCUGGCUGAGGUAACGCCUGUGGCUGGCUGGGAUAACAACUGUGGGUGCCUGGAAGCACAAGCGAGCUCUCUUGCCGCAGCCCCUCUCCUUCGAAUACACGUCCAGUACGUUUCCCAGCCAUUUUUCCCGCGACUCUUGGGAAGUAGCAGGGUGCCAUUCGGCUCUACAUCCAUCCAGGCGAAACGGGCCUUGCAUGAGGCCCGUUUUGCCUGUAUGGAUGUCCAGCGAAACAAUGCCUGAUACUUCCCGAGAGUUGCGGCAGCAUGCACGCUGUGACUCUGGGAAUAGCGACUCUGAAAAAAUGGCUAGGAAACGUACUGGUGGACCGUGGUGGUAUAAUGACAUUCGUGAAAUCUUGAGACGCUCAGCUGCUUCUUGGCUUCUCCCAGCUUGUAGAAAAAAACUGAGACUUUGGACCUCGCUGUACUAGACAACAUUAUACAAUGUCAUGUAUUUGGACUACGAUCAGACAGACCUGGCAUUUCAAAGAUAUCGGGACCAUUUGGUACCACCACUUUGGUACCACUUCCAGAUACAUUUAGAAUGUUGUGUAGUGGAGCAAAGGCUUUCAUCCACAGAAAAGAAUGGACACCUUCGAAAUGGGGUAGACGCGCACUAGGCGCCCCUAUGUACGCUAUGUACGCGCGUGUACAACACGCCCAAAGUUUUUAUUUUUUUUUGUUCCGGUCUGGUGCGGGUGACAGGGAUUACACCCACAGCCAGGCCAAUUCGCUGAAUGGGACAGGGCAGAAACUGCCCUGUUCAGCAGAAACGCCAGUUUUUUCUUCGUUAGUUUUUUCUUUUUGUUUUUCUUUUCUGGUGGUCAUUUAUUAAGAAAAAGAGAAGGCCCGGGCUACCCUAGGACAGACAGGCCCUAAGCGGCCUAUACUGGUAUACGGUCCUAUAGCCUAUAGCCGGGUCCGGUAGAGGCCGAGAGGCCGAGAAACAGCAACGGUACCGGUAGGUCCAGUCAGUCCAGUUUCGGUCUAGGCUAGUGUAGGAAUCUAUAAGGCUAGGAAGGAAACUGAGAGGGGGACUUUUGGCUUUUCAUUUUUCGCGUGCAGCAUUCGUGGCCAACCAAGUUGUGCAGCGCUGAAUGCCUACAGCGGCACCUGAGAAAAAGCUGGUGCAGGUAGUCUGACUGCUUUACCUGUUAUCGAAACACAAGCUGGAGAUGUAUCUGCUUAUAUUCCUACCAAUGUAAUCUCCAUUACGGACGGACAAAUCUUUUUGGAAACAGAACUGUUUUAUCGUGGAAUCCGACCUGCUAUUAAUGUAGGAUUGUCUGUAAGUCGUGUAGCGCAGUGGAGCAGCCAUAGCCAGCCUUCUGAGACAGCCAUAGCUGGGGCUGUACUCAGCGCAUCUAUCCCCUGGGGAUAUCUGCGCUGGCAGGACUAUAUCGGAGGUCUUCACUGAGUACAUGUGGGUACUAGUGCUGCGGUAGCAGCCAGGCAGUCAUGGCUGCCUCCUUCAUCGUCAGAGUGACUCAUCGGCACUGGAGACUACUUCGCCGUUCAUGAUCUGCAUCUGGGUGUAUGGCGCUGGCCUCUGGGAGGCUGUUUCCAGCGCUAGACUCUGAGAGUGUAGUAGUGAGUGGAGUGUGUGGUUCUUGAGUGGUGAGACACUGGGUGGAACUCUGUAACGAUAAUUGAGGUUA